UCAGACGAAUGUAUCGACCUAAUAAAAAACUGGGUGCAGACCUGCUGCAAUGAUACAGCCGGUCACGCCGGAUGUACCCUGCCGUCAACUGUUGACCUUCCGACCAGAGUUGUCGACAUUGGCACGUUCGAUGGGAUGCAGGAUCCUCUUCUAAAACAGACGAGGGGUGAAAAGGGGACAUAUAUUGCCCUUAGCCAUUGUUGGGGAAGAAAACAGAUCAUAAGGACAACAAAAUCUACUCUUGAAACCCAUAAAAGUAGAAUCAAAUGGUCGGCACUUUCCAAAACAUUCCAAGAUGCCAUCACGACGACGCGGAAACUCGGGAUUCGAUACAUCUGGAUUGACUCACUUUGCAUUAUUCAAGAUGACCCGCAAGAUUGGGAAAUCGAAUCGACGAAAAUGGCAGAUAUAUACGAAGGUGCAUAUCUCACUAUCGCGGCCACCGCAGCAGCGAGUGGUGAAGACGGCCUUUACAAGAUUCCCGAUACAGCUGAUGCGCCUCUCCUUUCUCGCGCAUGGGUUUUCCAAGAGCGCAUUCUUUCCAGCCGCGUCAUCCACUUUGGUGCGGAGGAGAUGCUAUUUGAGUGCAAGAGCAAAUUCCUAUGCGAAUGUGGCGGUGUUUCGACAUAUAUCGGGCCGCAUUCCCGACAAGUAAACUUCAAACAAUCGUUUGCUCGCAACUUGAGGACUAGUUCUGUGCCAAACUGGCAGGAACUCGUUCGUGAAUACACUGCGCGCGCUCUGACCUUCGAGCAGGACAGGCUACCGGCGCUCUCAGCGGUGGCCAGACGUCUGCAGCCUCUGAUGGGAAGAUACCUUGCAGGCAUGUGGUACAAUCAGUUACCCGGGAGUCUACUGUGGUCGGCUUAUCCUGAAAUGUUUGAAAACCCAACAACAAGUAUUGAACUUCCGUGGAGGCCAGCACGACAAUCUAAUGCCAGUGUUGCUCCACCGACAUGGUCUUGGGCCUCAAUUGAUGGUGCCGUU